AGGCAUCGUCUUGGACCACAGCCACAUCCACACCGCAGGAGUGACGACACAGCUGUUGUAGUGACGUCAGUCUUUACGUUGCCAAGGCGUGUUUUUCAAGCUUCCACUUAUUUCCCUGCUGACAAGUUUCCAAAGGCAAAUUUUGGGUACUUGUUGCAAACGGGAAUAGCUUUCUAAUCUCUUGCAAAAUUGCAGCAGCUUCCGUUUUCUGUGAGGAGAAAGAUGACAUGAAAAGAAUCAUGAGCGUGCGUGGAGAGCAAUGGAGGUCACGGAAGAUGUCCUAGAAUGUGUGGAGUGGAUGAGGUGGGGGAGAAGGGAGAGCGGGCCGCGCUAGUCCACCACAGUUGAGGCUUCAGUGGCUGACUAGUUUACGCAGGGCUGUGUUCUGAGCCAUACGGAGAGAGCGAGAGAGAGAGAGAGAGAGACUAGUGUUUGUCGGAGUGCCUGCGCCUACCAUGUGUGGUGUGGAAGGCGCUAAGAGGGAGAUGGGCACGCGGCGACCCAUAGGGUGACGGUGUUAGUGGUGGUGACUUCCACUGUGAUGUUGAUGUCCGCUCCAGCUGGCCAAGCAUCAAGUUUGGAUGACAACAUAUGUAUAACAUCGGGGAAGAGCGUCGAGAUCUAUCCCUAUGAUACAGUUUACCUUAGCAUAAACAACUUUAUAGUGCGUGUGAAAAUGGAGUCUGCGGGGUGUGUCAACUCAUCAAUGUUUUUGUUCAGCCAAGAUCUUAAAGAUCCCAACAAAACGGCCACCUUCCUGACUGCACCUAAAAGGAAUUGGUACAAGUUAACUUUCAUAAGUUGCGGAAAAUAUAUUGCAAAAAUUGGGUCAAAAUUUGUAAAAUUCCAACAUAACGUCCCACCAGACUGUUUAUCGAAAGGUACCACGUUGAGUUCCAAUGUAAUGCUUGGGAGGAAAUGCUCAGGACCAGAGAGGAAGGAGAAACAAAGCAAGGCUGAAUGCAAGAGGCUCGAGCAGGAGGGUAAUUUUUACGGUUUCUAUACGCUUAUAGAUUAUCUUCUACGUAAUUCAAGUAAACAAGUUUUUGGUCCAUUUUCGGACCAAUCAGGUCCAGCUAUACCUGUCGGGAACACUUUGCACAACAGUAAGACCUUUUGAAAUGGUUUGGCCACCGGCAUGAUGUCAAGGAAUCUGAGACGAACAACAGCGAGACGGUUGUCAAGGAACCCGAGAUGGAUAACAGUGAGACUAUUUUCAAGGGAUCUGGCGGGGACGACAACGAAGCUUUCCGCAACUGGCCAAGAGAUGAUAUUCUACAGAUAAAUCCUGUUGAUUUUCUACAGCUAAGUCCUGUUGUUACCCCGUCGACUCACAACUCUGACGACUUGUUCAAGAAUGAUGAUUUGUUCAAGAAUGAUGAUUUGUUCAAGAAUGAUGACUUGUUCAAGAAUGACCGCCCAAGUUACACAGUGCAUGGAAAAUAUAAGGAGAACGCCAUUCCUAUCUUCAUCGGAAUCGUAGCUUUGACGGUGAGCAUGUGCCUUCGAUUCUGCUUGUGUCGUGGCAAGAGUGUGGUGCGACGCGUCACAACCGUCACUGUCAUCAGAAGUCGCUCUGUUGGUUCUCCCGAGGCGACCCAGGACCAGCAGGACCCACCACCCUCCUACGUUGAUGUUGUCAAUCAAGACUCUCCGCCGGAGAGCUCAACAGAUGAAGAAUGUGCCGAGCCCCCGCCGCCAGCCUAUGCUGAUAUAAUAACCGAAGUCCAGCCGCCCACCUAUUCCGAGGUUGAGGCACAGACUGUGCCCGCCUCUGAGAUGUUGCCACUGGCGGAACAGGAGGUGGGGGCACAAAGCACGCAGCCCACUCCUGACUCUGAGUCGGUCUCGGAUGCCAAGGGCUCGGUGGCCACCAAGAGCAUGCUAUCAAAAUAUAGACAUCAACAGAAACAGUUCGCCUUCAAGGUGCUGGAGGAGGACUGAGGCUGCUGGCGGCUGCUACUGAUACUUCCAGGGCAGGUGUCGCCUCCGUCAGCGGCGCCUUCGCAUCCAACAUCACAUUAGAGGAAUCUCCAAGAAUACGUGUGGCAUUCGGCUGAGAGUAACAGCCGCAAGCAGUCACAUCUUGAGUGGGUUUAUGGAAUUGUACAUGUUCGCUGGCCCGCCCACGUGCAUUGUAUGGUGCUCGUAAGAUGGUUGGCAGGUAGAGAGGUCAACGAGUGUCUACUGCAUGAAUGGCAACAAAGAAGUGGACGAACAGUUUUAUAUGCUCCAGUCACAGUAUUUUUUUAUGGUCUGCAAAUUGUAGAUGGCUAUAAGUGGUAAUGUAUUUUUUUCUUAUCUAGAAAUGAAUAUUCGCUAGCUUAAUUCCCUUUUAUAUGUGAUAGUAGUGUUAAGGAGUGAGGUAUGGACUAGCGGUCAGAUGUUCUUGGUGGAUUUUAUUAUUUUUAUGAUAUCUACCUCCUUUGUCCAACACUAGCUGAUGUAUCCAAGUGCCUAAGUGAGCCUUUAUAAAUGGAGUUCAGAAGUGAGGCAGGGAGAUUAUUUAUGGUUUGUUAGUCGUGUCAUGUGAUUUUCCCAUCUCCGCCUGUUCCCCCUAAUAAGUUUAGCUGGCUCUCGUCUUUCAUGAAAAGACGUGAUCAGCAACAAGAGUGAGACGUCUGUAUGUUGUAUAAAGCUUUAUCGUGAUCGUCGCGCCUUCCUAAGAGCUGUUGUGCAUCUGCUUAAUAAAAAAAAGAACUUUUUUACAUGAAGGAAAAAUAUAAUGAUAAUAAUAAUCAUUUUACGUAAA